GUUACUCAGGCCAGGAUUUUAACUGGGUGGAUUAUCACAAGCAGCGCGAGGCAGAAGAAGCACCUCCCUUCUGCUUCAAAAAUACAUUUACUCGGAGCUUCUCAAAGAACAUGAAGCUUGAAGCUGUGAACCCCAGGAAUCCAGGAGAGGUGUGCGUGGCCACUGUGGUCAAUGUGAAAGGGCGGAUGUUAUGGCUCCAUUUAGAAGGUCUGGAGACCCCAAUGCCAGAGAUCAUUGUAGAUAUGGAUUCCAUGGAUAUCUUUCCUGUGGGCUGGUGUGAAGCGAAUUCUUACCCUUUGACCACACCAUACAAAGCAUCCUCAAAAAGCAAGAGAAAGACUGUCCUUGUACAGCCGGAAAAACAAUUAUUACCCCCAGUGCCUGUUGAGAAAAUACCUCAUGAGCUUUGCUUGCCGCCGCCGCCGCAGAUGGACACUGCAGCAGGAGUUGCCGAUGAGGAGUACUGCUGUCCACAGCUGUUCAUCAACCACCGCUGUUUCUCAGGUCCAUUCCUGAACAAAGGAAGGAUUUCCGAGCUACCUCAGACAGUGGGACCUGGCAAGUGCGUGCUGGUGCUUAAGGAGAUUCUUACCAUGUUAACCAAUGCAGCCUACAAGCCCGGGAGGGUGUUGAGAGAAUUACAGCUGUUGGAAGAUCCAGAGUGGGAUUGCCAGGAGGAGGUGCUCAAGGCAAAAUACCGAGGCAAAAUAUACAGGGCCAUGGUCAAGAUUGUGCAGAGAGCAGACCAAGUGUUGAGUUUCUGCCACCAAAUUUGUGCCAAGCUGCAAUGCUGUCGGAACCUAUUCAGUCCUGUGUUGAUCUCUGACACCUGCCCGGAGAAUUGUUCUGUCUAUACCAAAACCAAAUACACCUAUUAUUAUGGAAAAAGAAGGAGGAUCAUUAAAAAUCCACUUGGAGACAGUAACAUCAAAGGUGCACCAAAACCAGGCAAGAGAAGGAGACGACGAAAAUCAAUCUAUGUUCAGAAGAAGCGGAAAAUUUCUCCUGUGGGCAUCCCCGUGAGCUCGGUGCAGGAAACUGAAGAGGACGAUCCAUAUGCCCUGGACACUGCAAGUGAGGAAACGAGUUAUGAAGUCCAGGAUUACCAGACAAACACCUCAGCAGCAGAGGUGGUGCCCUUUGCCCGGCCACGGAGGGCUGUGACCCUGAGGAAAAAUUCAGAGGCUGUGAACCACCAGCUUAAAGCAGGCAGGGCACGGAGGGUAUGCUCAGUGCCAACUACUACUUCUUCUAAUAACAGAAUCAAGGGUCCACUUGUUAGGCUUGAGAAAUCAGAGGAUUCAAGGCAAUCAGAGGAGGAGAGACUGAUUCUUGAGAGCAACCCACUGGAGUGGUCGGUCACGGAUGUGGUACGAUUCAUUAAGCUGACUGACUGUGCGCCUUUGGCCAGGAUCUUUCAGGAGCAGGACAUCGAUGGCCAGGCACUCCUCCUGCUGACUCUCCCAACAGUGCAGGAGUGCAUGGAGCUGAAGCUGGGACCUGCUAUCAAGUUAUGCCAUCAGAUCGAGAGAGUGAAGGUGGCUUUCUAUGCUCAGUAUGCCAACUAA